CUCCCCCGCCCCCUUCCCCCCGCCGGUGCCUGCAGAGCCCCCGGCUCCUCUCCUGACAACAAAGGGGGAAGCGGCCUCCCCCUCCCGGUCCGCCCUCCCCGGCGCGGGGCACGGGAGGUACUCUAGCAUUGGAUUUAAGUUCUACAGAAGCCCGGGUUAAAACUGGGCUUUGAAGCAGACAAGGAAACACCAAGCAGGCCUGUUGCUGGAAACAGAGAAGAAGGAGGGAACAAGUUAAUAGAAUUGGAGUCUCUUAAUCUUUUACUGCUCUGUGAUUAUGAGCUACAGCUGUAAUUUCUUCUGCUAUACCUUUUGAGGCAGAAUUAUAUGGAUACAACAGAGAAGAAUGUUAACUGUGAAAUGAGUUAUUUAGGUAUAGCACUUCAGCACUUUUGCUUUUUGCAAAAACACAGGACUGCAGCUUCUUUUUUUGCAAAGUUCUUCCUACUGCAAGGAACAUUUAAUUUCAGUUUCUAGUGGUUGGGCUUCAUUGCCGGAAAUGACCGUAGUGAUUGAAGUUCCUCAUAGUCCGAACACAAAAAUUGACUUGUAGCUUGGGCACUGAGGAAACACUUCAUAAUCUGUGGUGACUUUCUGCACUGGGAAAUAUGCAAAACCAUGGGGCACAUGAAAACAUAGGCCUGCAGUCCCAGCCGCCUCCCAGGGAGCAGAAUUACGGAGCGACUGCAACACGUGUGAGACAAGGUCCAUUUGUGUCUGUGUCAAGGAGCGGUCCAGCAAAGAGAGAUUACCUGACAGUUGCUGUGCUGUGCUAUGUGAAUUUAAUAAAUUUCAUGGAUUGGUUCAUUGUACCAGGGAUCCUGUUAGAUAUACAGAAAUACUUCAAGCUUAACGAUGGGGAUACAGGCCUACUGCAAACAGUCUUCAUCUUGUGUUACAUGCUGGCUGCCCCCAUCUUUGGAUACCUUGGUGACCGGUACAAUAGGAAAAUCAUCCUUGGAGCUGGUAUUUUCUUCUGGUCUGGUGUAACAUUAGGCAGUUCAUUCAUCAGUGAAUUGUAUUGCUGGAUAUUCUUUCUUUCACGGGGACUAGUUGGCAUUGGCACGGCCAGUUAUUCCACAGUAGCACCUACCAUCAUUGCAGACCUGUUUGAGGAAGGAAAAAGGACCACAAUGUUAUCUAUCUUCUAUAUCUUCAUUCCAGUGGGAAGUGGUCUUGGUUACGUCCUAGCAGCCGGCAUGGCAGAUGUCACAGGUGACUGGCACUGGGCAUUCAGGGUAACUCCUUGCUUGGGAGGGCUGGCACUGGUUCUUCUGAUUCUACUGGUCCCUCACAGGACCCAGAGACGGACAGCAGCACACAGAGCACUGAGCAUCUCCGGCACAAUACGCGUAGCAGCUGAGAAACCAGGUGUACAGAGAACUGCCAAGACUACUUGGUGUCAAGAUGUCAUAUCACUUGCCAAGAAUUGGAGUUUUGUCUGGUCCUCGCUGGGGCUGACUGCCAUGGCCUUCGUUACUGGAGCCCUGGGAGUGUGGGUACCACUGUUUCUUUACAGGGCUCAGGUUGUUCAGGGCAUCGUAUCACCAUGCCUCCAAGAAUCAUGCAAUUCAUCUAACAGCCUAAUAUUUGGAGGCAUCACCAUUGGGACGGGAAUCUUGGGUGUCAUUGCUGGGGCAGAAGCUGCAAGAAGAUUAAGGAAGAUAAACAAUAAAGCUGAUCCUCUGAUCUGUGCCACAAGCAUGUUCAUUUCUGCUCUGUGCCUCUACAUAGCUCUGAUGGUGGCCCAGGACAACAUCCUUUCCACUUUUAUUUUUAUUGCAUUUGGAGAACUGUUUUUAUCUGUAAACUGGGCUGUUGUGACAGACAUACUGUUGUAUGUUGUGACACCAAGACGGCAGUCUACAGCUAUUGCCCUGCAGAUUUUGGUGAGCCAUUUGCUGGGAGAUGCAGGCAGCCCCUAUCUCAUUGGGAUUCUCUCCAAUGCUAUCCAGGCCAAGAACGCUCACUCGUUCCAGUGGAGUUUCUGGAGCAUGCAGUACAGCUUCAUCGUGUGUGCUUUUGUUGGUGUCUUUGGAGGAGGCUUUUUCCUCCUGACAUCUUUCUACAUUGAGGAAGAUCGUAAGGAGGCGGAGCAGCUUUGAGGUACCAGAAAUGAAUGCUGUCUUUCAAAUGAAGAUGAGCUCUGGGGCAAGAUUUGCAAAGAAGAAUGUCCUCUCCUUUUUCUUUCCUUUUUGCUUAAUGAGAUACAACUAGAGAAAAGGCCAAAUAACAAUUCCUCCAUAUGGCAGAAAAUCCUGCAUUCUGACUUUUUGGGAUGCUUUUGACUGUGAGUCAAAAAUUGCUACUCCAUUGGCAUAUGGCAACCCUCCCCCAUCUGUGAAACAGGCACAAGUAUUCUGUGGAGCUGGGGAGCUCCAGAAAGUAGUGUAUAGAGCUGUCACAGGCACGACUGCUAACCUAAACAAGACAGUAGCAUUUAAGGCAGAAUGUCUUGUGGAGAUUAGGAAGGGAAGCCUACGAAUUCACAGCAGGAUAAGAUUUGCCUGCAGAAUUUGGAAAAUGUAGAUAGUACAAAAAGUGUUUUCAGUCAUUUGAAAUGACCAAGAGAAGCAGAAACUAUCAAAGUCAGUGUCAGAUUCAAGAGUGGCGGGUUGUGAUCAUUUUAUAUGUAAUAUGUUAAUGGCCUCUUUCUAAUCCUCUGAGGCUCUUCAGUGUAUCCUCAGGCCUCAUCUCCUCAUGAAUGAACAGUAGUAGCUGUAAAACCACUUAAAUGCAAUGAUCCAUGUGAGCACUUACCUCUCAAGUGUGUAAGACUUUGGAGGUGGUAUCUAUUGUCAUAAUAUCGUGCCAGGUGCCAAACAGGACAUGGUUACUGUGGCCGACUUCUGUUGUUUGAGGUGGUGUCGUUCCCUCCAGCACCUUAAAGCCAAAGCCUGAGGAAGAUACUAGCAAGUGAAUUGUGAAGUAUUCUGAAUCUUGCCUGAUUUUCCCAGUAAAUCAUAAAGCACAAUAUUCCUGUAACAACUGCAAAUAUCUAAUAUCAUUAUAAAUACCAUAACUCGGCAACUGCAGGUUUUUGUUUCUCCCUCUGUCUCCCUCAUUUUUAAAAAAUCUCUUCUGAAACCUGACUUAAGCCCAGGUAGUGAAAUUGGGUCAGAGCUUAUGCCAUUAUGGGAAAUAAUAGAGAAUUUUUUUGUGAUACUCUGUAAGAGUGUAAUAAAUGUCUUUAAAAUAAAAGUUGGAAUUCUGAAAGACUGAGCAACUCUUUCUGGUUGUAAAAACUAGCCAAAGCCAUUAUACCACAGACUUUUUGGAAAUUCAUGUGGUGCCAGAGAGCCCAUGUCCAGCAAGGGAUUUUUACUACUGGGUAUGGACGCAUCAGCUUGUAGAGGUCCUAAGUGCUUGCCUUACCAUUUUUUGGGCUAUUUUUAAGCUACCUGGUAGCAAUGUUUGGACUGAAACCUCUUGCUUACAUUCAGCAGACCUGCUGAAAUUUGUAGCAUUUGUCUUACAGCUAGAGGGAGAACAAUUCACUUUGCAGCAAUGCCUCAUU